AUCACACCAUUAUGCCGAAAGCGAGCAAGAUGAAAACUCGAGCAUGUGACGGCUGUCGACGUAAGAAAGUGAAGUGCGAUGGUAUCUAUCCUGAUAAGUGUUCAAUAUGUAAGCAUAUAGAGUGUACAUAUGAAAGCACAGAACCGAAAAAGUAUUACAAUAUAAAUUACGUCAAUAAACUCGAACAAGAGUUGGCUCAAUUGAGGAAUAUUACAAACAAUAACACUCCAAGCACAUCCAGUAAUGUUCAAUACUAUUCACCAAUCGAGACAAUACCCAGCAAUGAUUGGGAAGACUUACAAGAUGAUCAAGUCGCGAAGGACAUAGACGGAUUGUAUAUUCCCGGUGAUAUGAGUGGAAAGCGAUAUUACGGGAAGGCCUCAAUGAGGGGCUUAUUUGAGCGUGUCUUCUUGUACACAAAUCUUGAUCCCCCAGACAUUGUUAAAAGGGAAGAGACCAGAGUUUUGGGUAGAAGAUUGGAUAGAAGAGCUAAACAGAAGUCAUUCCAGUGACAGUCUAUACACACAGGAUGAGAAUAUGAUAAACCAUCUCAUUGACAUUUACUUUAAUAGGGUCAAUCGAACACUACCUUUGCUUGAUGAAACACAUUUUAAGAAUAGCAUUCCUUUUCGACGCUUAGAGGAAGGAUUUUCAAGGCUUCUAUCCCUCGUAUGUGCACUAGGUGCAAUGUUUUCGGAUGACACACGAGUUCUGGUCCCUGGAAAGGAACAUCUGCGAUUCUUGGCUGGAUUUAGCUUUUAUGAGAAAGUAAGACUGAAUUUGAGUAAGACUGAAUUUGCCUGAUUUUACCUUUAAAACAACUUCUUUGGAGGAUAUUCAGACGCUUAUUCUACUACAAGUGUAUAUACAAAAAGGUGCACAAUCGAAAAACACGUGGAUGGUACACGGUCUCACACUUCUACUUGUCCAGAAUCGAGGUUUGCACUUAUCAUGGCUUAGUGAACAUGAGAAUCCAAUUGAAAAAGAGUUAGGCAAGCGUGCAACUUGGAUGUUGUACAUACUAGAUAGGGCACACACAGCUUGUUUUGGGAGACCUACUCUAAUGAAAGACGAUGAUAUGUAUCUUCAAUAUCCAUCAGCUAUAAGUCCUAAUGAAUGCCCUGACAACGAUAUUAAUUUAGUAUACAUCAAAGAAUAUCUGAAACUCUGUAAAAUCCACGGCGAAGUCAUUCAGCAGCUUUAUAAAUUUAGAAAGUCUAACAGAGGAGAAGAUUUGAUCGUAACCGUGAAUGAUAUUGCUUCGCUUAAUGCAAAAUUACAUCAAUGGUUGAAAGAAGUGCAUCCAACUUUUUCUAUUCGUAAUACAGAAAAUGACUCCGAUGAUACGAUUUUUCAAUUAAAGAGCAACCUACGCGUCCUCUUUAACAACAUACAAAUAUUCAUGUAUAAGCCAUUUCUUCCGCGGCCAGAUCACAGCAGUAGCAAAUUCCAACUGAAAAGUUUAAUGAUAUGCGCAAAUGCAGCGAGAUCAGUUAUCACGACUUUCGCUAAUGUUUAUCUCGACAGGAAGAUUGCUUAUCAAUGGAAUGAUUGCAUGACAGACUGGAGCGUAUUUUCUGCGACGAUAAUUUUAGUACUUAGUUGCUGCGAAAGCAGAAUAAAUGGUGAACUCUAUGAGUCUGAUCUCGACUAUCUCAAGAAAGGUGCUUUGAUAUUGAGAAAUCAAGAGCAUAGGAAUCAGUUGUAUGCUAGAGCGUUCGAUUUACUCAUACAAGUUCUAAAAGCAUCUGAAUUGCUCUCUGAUGAUACAUUUGUAGAAACACAGGAGUCUAUUUCGACCGGUAGAACACUCGGCAUAAACGUAAAAGACCAACUCGAGCAGAAUGACGAGAUCGUUGAAGAUAUGUUAAAGUCCAUACGAGGUAAUUCAAAUGAUACUCUCAUUGGUUUGAAUGAUUUUAACCUCCCACCAUUAAACGGCAUAAUUAUUGAUUCAAUAUUAAACGGUAGUGCAUUCAAUUAGAUAGAAAAUAUUUAUAUAUCUAUUACAGGGAAAUAGAUAAGCUUAUACAUAUUUGCUCAGAUCUACAUUGUCAGAGGCGAGAAUAUAAGCACCAUCAACUACUUCAAUGCUACCACUCAUAUAUCCGUUUGUAGCCAAAUUGAGUAUAACCUUUGAGAGAUCCGCUGCAUGUCCAGGACGGCCAAAUGGGAUGUUCCAUUUACUCUGAUACUCACCUUUAUUGUCACCUGGAAGGAUUGGACUCAUCUCAGAUGGGAAGUAUCCAAGAGCGAGCUGGUUUACCCUGAUACCGAGAUGUGGACGAGCGAGUUCUAACGCUAACUGAUUUGUGAGAGAAACUGCUCCAGCUUUUGAUGCGUUGUAUGAGAAUUGACCACCUUGGCUGUUCUUAAUGAUACCAGAAACCGACGUAACGUUAAUGACGUUUCCUGAUUCACCUCUGUGCUUUUGAGUAGCAGUGAGAAGUGGAAUGAAAGCAGCAGUUGUGAAGUAAAUAGCAGCUACAUUAAUAGCAUAUGGACUUGUCCAAUCGUCAAAGCUCUGCUCAAACAUUGCUUUUGAAACUGCUUCUGAUGAACGAUUAGCAUCCAAAUCAGCCUUCACAGUCGAUACACCACUGUUGUUGAUAAGCAGAUCCACAUGAUCCUCUCUUUGGCUGAUGUAUUUGAUGAUAGAUUGGAUGUCUUCUUUUUUUGUUGAGUCGGCAGCAACAGGGAAGAUCCUGUCUGUGUAAGUGGAUGCUGUCUCUUGUAGUUUUUCAAAGCGACGACCGGUAAUGUAAACUCUAGCACCAUUUUGAGCUAAGCAUGUAGCCAUCAUCUUUCCUAGGCCACUGCCACCACCAGUAACAACUGUAACCCAUCCUUCUAUGUUGAAGAGAGAAGAUGCUUGUAGAUUUGAUGCCAUGUUCGAUGUUAAUGGAAUUAAUAAUCAGAGCCUCCUUCCAUUAAAUUUCUCUUAAAUAUUAUGUUUCAUCUUAGUCAAGACGGAGACUUCCGAUAUUCAUGAAGAAGGAUAGAUAUUUAAUUAGUUUUUAUUGGAGAGAUCCGCUGCCUUCUUAUUUAUCAACCGAAAUUCAUUUUUAUGACCAAAGCAAUCUUUAUCAAACUCAUGAACGUGACGUAUUAAGCGAUGACAAACUCGGAAGUUCCCCGAGAAGUACAUAAGCGAGCAUAUGUAUCUUUUUAUUACUACUUCGAAAGCCAAAAUGUCAGAUAGACAACUUUAUGACCCAAAGAGAAUUGUUGAGCACCCAGAGUUCAAGAUUUUGAAGGAGAAGCCAGCCAAAGGUACUGGAAAGAACAUUGCACUUUGUUACGAUGUCGACCACGUUAACAAGUUCGUUGAGAAGCCACGUUUGGAUCCAUCACCAGGGCAAGUUGAAGUUAAAGUGAGAGCAACCGGUAUUUGUGGAAGUGACGUACACUUUUCACAACAUGGACACAUCGGCGAUAUGGUCGUCCGUUCUAUUUGUGGAUGUGGUCACGAAAGUGCUGGUGAAGUAUCUAGAGUUGGUGAAGGUGUAACUGAAUGGAAGGUUGGCGAUAGAGUCGCCAUCGAAGCGGGUAUUCCAUGUGGACAAUGCCACUUCUGCAAGAUUGGCCGCUAUAACGCUUGUGAAAAUGAUAUUUUCUUUUCCACUCCACCACACUUUGGUACAAUGAGCCGCUAUCAUUUGCAUCCGGCCGCUUGGCUUCACAAAUUACCAGAUAAUGUUUCAUAUGAGGAAGGUGCGCUCUGUGAGCCACUUACAGUUGCAAUGGCUGGUAUUUACCGUAGUGGCUUACGUUUAGGUGAUGGUGUACUCAUCGCAGGAGCUGGUCCAAUCGGUCUCGUCACCCUUCUUGCCGCCAAGGCCGCCGGUGCUAUUCCACUCAUCACCGAUUUGUCACCAUCACGUCUCGAAUUCGCAAAGAAGUUAGUACCAUCUGUCAAAACCAUCUUGAUCGAGAAGGGCCAAACACCUCAAGAAGUUGCUGAAAGAGUAAAGAAGGAAGCCGACAUGAAGCUCACUUUAGCGUUAGAAUGUACAGGUGUUGAAAGCAGUAUACACGCCGCAAUCUACUCUAUGACAUUCGGUGGAAAGGUCUUCAUCAUCGGUGUUGGUAAGAAUUUGCAAAGCAUUCCCUUCAUGCACCUCUCAGCCAACGAAAUCGACCUCCAAUACCAAUACAGAUAUGCAAAUCAAUAUCCCAGAUCAAUUAGAUGUGUAGCAGACGGAAUGAUUGACCUCAAGCCACUAGUCACCCAUAGAUUUGAUUUAGAGGAUGCUAUGGACGCUUUUAAUACCGCAGCGGAUCCAAGAAGCGGUGCGAUUAAGGUUCAAGUACAUGAUUAAGGAU